AUGAAGCUCUUGUGUUUACUAUAUCUCAUUUUAAUCUUUUACAACGUAAACUUAUUUAUUAAUUAUAAGAAGAGCAGACUAUUGCUUGAAAUUAUAGACAAAUAUAAUACCCAUUUUAUACAGACAACUAAACCUUACUACGAAAUUAAUAUGACUAAUCUAGCUAAUUCCAAAAAAAAAAAAAGAAAAAAAAAAAGGAAAAAUCAACUGAACGGUUCAGGUGGAAAUAUGCUAAAAAAUUAUGAAAAAAAUAUUAAGGAUUUUCAUAUAAAUGAUUAUGAAAUAUAUAAGAAAACAAUUCAUAAUAAAGAGAACAAGGAUGAUUUUAAAAUAACUAAAAAUAAAUUAAAUGAUAAUCAAGAAUUAUUUCAUAGAGAUAGUAUGUUAUCUUAUAUGCAAAAUAAAAAUAAUUUAUAUAAUUAUUCUUUUUCUGAAAAUGAAAGAAAUUCUGAAAAAGAAGAGAAGCUUGAUAAUUUUAAUAAUAUGAAAAAUAUAAAUACUCUACAAAAUAAUAUUAAUAAAACCUUUUUAUAUAACAAAUUCAAAAAUAUAGAUUAUUAUGAGCAUGGUUAUAAUUGGAAUAUAGGUCAAUGUAAAACAGGGGAAUAUCAAUCACCUGUUGAUUUACCUAUGAAAAAUUUAAAGGAGAGAGAAUUAAAAAAUAUAAGUGAUGUAUAUUUAAAUUUAUUUGACGAUGACAAUUAUGCAUGGAACAAUUAUAACAAACCAUGGAUGAAAGGAGAUAUUUUUUAUUAUUAUGAAUAUUUUAUAAAAAAAAUUGUUAUUAAUAGACAAAAUAAUAUAUUUCAAAUUAAAGCUGCAAGAGAUGGAAUAAUACCAUUUGGUGUAUUAUUUACUACUGAUCAACCUGCUAUGUUUUAUGCAGAUCAAAUCCAUUUUCAUGCUCCUAGCGAACAUACAUUUCAAGGUUCAGGUAAUAGAAGAGAAAUUGAAAUGCAAAUAUUUCACAGUACAAAUUAUGUUUAUGAUGCACUAGAUGAGAAAACCAAAUAUAAAAAAAAAUACGGGUUACAUAUAUAUAAUAAUUUAAAAAAAAAUUCGAAAGAAACAUCAAAAAAAGAUUCAAGUAUGUAUCAUUCUUAUCUUAUGUCCUUUCUAAUGAAUAGCUUAUCAAAUGAACAAUUACAAAACAAAUAUAAUAAAAAAAAAAGAAUGAAGACGAUGAAAAAUCAAUAUGAAGUAAUAUCUAUUACAUUUACUAGUGCAGAAAUUAAUGCUUCAACUAUUAAUGCAUUCGAGAAAUUACCAUCCGAAAAAUUUCUAAGAACUAUAAUAAAUGUAUCAAAUGCAGUUAACGUCGGCUCAGAUCCAACCUUGGUCGAAUUAAAGGAGGCUUUAAAUUUGGAUGCCUUGAUGAUGAUGUUAAAUAUUGAAGACAUGCAAUUUUUGUCAUAUGAAGGAUCUUCUACAUUACCCCUAUGUAAUGAGAAUGUAUCCUGGAAAGUAGCCAAACAACCUUUGCCUGCAUCAACGGAAACCAUUUUAAAUUUUUAUAAUCUCCUAAAAAAACACACACCUAAUUAUUCAGGUAGUGAUAAUGAUAAUUACAGGAGUUUACAAAAUGUUGAAGAUAAUACAAGACAUUAUAGAAAGUUUUCUUUAGUUCAAAUUUUUCCUAUACAAGUCUUAAUUUCAUCAGCUAUAUCAAAUGUAGAGGAUAAUGAAGUUAUUAAUAUUAUUAAAGAUAUAUCUCCUAAAAAUAUGUCGUUCUCAUAUUAUUCUAAAUGGGAUAUAUAUUUUAUUUUAUUUAUCUUUUAUAACAUCGUGUUGUUCUUAUUUUGA